AUGUUAAGAAAUUUGUUAAAUAUAGCUCGAACUAAGAUAAAAUGGGACAAUUUGUUUAGUUUAAAGUCAUGCAGGAGUUGUUCUACAGCCAACGAUAUUACCAGACUGAAAUACGAUCCGAAUGACGUUAAUUCACUUAUGGAGUUUGAAGGAAUCUGGCCAGAAGAUGCGAAGGAGCAGUUUAUUAAAGAUAUGAGAGUUGUGGAAAGCUUCAUAAGUGAUAAAGAAGAACAAGAAAUCCUAACUGAAAUUGAGCCGUAUUUAAAGCGUUUAAAGUAUGAAAGAGAUCACUGGGACGAUGCUAUUAAUGUAUUUAGGGAAACUGAAAGAAAAUCUUGGUACCCACAAAAUAGAACUAUAAUUAAUCGACUCAUUCAAACAGCAUUUAAAAAAGAUGCAAGCACUUUACCACACAUUCAUGUACUGGACCUUGCCGCUGACGGAGUAAUUAAGCCACACGUUGAUUCCGUACGAUUUUGUGGAUCCACAAUCAGUGGAUUAUCCCUACUUUCUGAUGCUGUAAUGAAAUUAGUUCAAAGUACGACAGAUCCAUUUGAGGCACCAGAUGAAUAUAGACAACAGCCAAAAGUUGACACAUCUAAUUUAUAUUCAUGUAAAGUGCUGCUUAGAAGAAGAUCACUUUACAUUAUGAGUAAUUCUGCUAGAUAUAAUUUCACACAUGAACUAUUGAGCAACGAGGAAUCAAUCUUUAAGGGUCAAACAGUUGAAAAAGGAAGAAGAAUAUCAAUAAUUUGUAGAGAGGAACCUUAA